AUGGAAAACUCCAAGUACUUGUUUCUUCAAAUUGCAUGCUUCAUCCUCUUGUUAUCCUUGUCUCCUUCAUAUGCUCACAACAAGAGCCAUGAAAGCACGCCACCUCCUGAUGGUUCCCAAGCAAAAGUUGAUUUCAAAGGUUGCUUCAAUAAGGUUUAUGCUUUCGGUGAUUCAGACACAGACACUGGAAAUGCUCACAACUUGGGUGAUCUCAAAUCCUUCAUUAGCACUUUAUUCUCUCACGCUUGGUCCCCAUAUUGCUCCUCAGAGAAUUCAAAGUUGUCUGGUUAUCGACUAUCUAAUGGCCGCUUAGUCAUUGAUUUCCUAUGUGAAGCUCUCAACAUACCCCACUUGUCAGCCUAUAAAGGCUCUUCCGCAAACUUCUCAGGUGGUGCAAACUUUGCAGUAGCCGGAUCAACGGCUCUUUCAAGUAAUCUCUUCAGUCAUUUCAAUUUCGGUAAUCCCCUUAUGUGGAAACCAAAUCCAGAGAGUAUCUUAACUCAAAUUGAUUGGUUCCAUAACUUUGUUGGGGAGAGAGAAUGCCAGGGAAAAGAUGUGGCUGCAUGCAAAUCAGAGCUUGGGAAUGCUCUCUUUUGGAUAGGUCAGAUUGGUGGCAAUGACUAUGCUCGUCUUUUUGCCUCCUCCAUUGGCCUUGCUAUUGCCAAUAAGCAAUUCACAGAGCAAGCUGUUAAUCACAUCUGCACACUUGCAUUGGGGCUAUUGGACAAGGGUGCAAAGUUCCUUGUGGUUCAAGGGCUACCACCAAUUGGGUGCCUUCCAUUGCAGUUAGCAACAUCUCCCUCAAAUGAUCGUGAUCAAAAUGGGUGUUCAGCUAGUGCCAACUCGGUAAUAAAGGGUCACAACAAUCUUCUCCAGAAGAGGUUGGAUGAAAUUCGAACCCAAUACAAAGAUUCUAUGAUCCUAUAUAUUGAUUUUUACAAAGCAUUCACAACAAUAUUGGAAAAGCACACACAAUACCAGUUUGACGAACCCUUCAAGGCAUGUUGUGGAGCUGGGGGAGGACCAUUCAACUAUCAACCAAACCUCCUUUGUGGAGCUUUUGGCACCUCUAAUUGCAAGAACUCCAGCACCCAUAUUAACUUUGAUGGGGUCCACUUGACUGAAAAUAUGCAUUUACACCUCUCUGAUCUCUUCUUCAACCAAGGCUUUUGUACACCAUCAUUUGCAGAUCUGAUUAAGAAGAAGAAAGGCCAAUAUUAAAAUGUCUGAUAUUGGCCUACCAGUUCUGUUUUUAGUAAUAAAUAUUUGAUGGCUGAUGCCAAAUGUUGCGAGGUAGAUUAGUAGUAGGCUCCCAAUGGUGGCAUUCGGAGAGCUGGAUAAUAUUUCUUGUUUCAAGAUAGUUUACUAUCCUUUUACCUUAUUAUUGUUUUUUUAAAUGUUACAUAAGUACCUUGGGUCUUGAACCAGGGCUUCACUUUUUACUGUACACUCAGGGUCGGAUCAUCAGCUUUCAUGGCCUGAGG